AUGCGACGAGCAACCCACCGGUCGACGGCCCUCUCCGUCGUUGCGCUCCUUGCGGCCACACCUCUACCGACAUAUGCUUCGCCAUUCCCUACCCAGUCGCCCAGUCAUGAUAUCCUCAUACACCGCGACUGCGCCAAUCCUUGUGGUUUCUACGGCCAGGUGUGCUGUCAGCAGUCCGAAGAAUGCUACACGAAUUCCGACGGCCAAGCUGCAUGCAGAUCCGCUUCCAAGGGCGAGUGGGAGUACUUCACGACGAUAUACACUCGGACAGAUCUCGUAGUGGUCACCUCGACAGGCAGUCGCGCCGCCUCCCCGACCUCGCCCGGAGACACGCAAUGCAGAAUUUCCCUGGGUGAGACUCCGUGCGGGGAUACCUGCUGCACUGCCGCAGAAACAUGCAAUGCAAAGGGCGUCUGUGUCGAAGGAGGCAGUUCCCCAUUUCCUUCGGCUAGCCCGCCAACGAGACCGACCAGCGACGCGACCGUGACGGCCACAAAGGCACCAACCACGACCGUUGGCUUUAUCCCAGCCAUCAGCACCGACGGGAGCACGUUGAUCGGCGGAAUCACCCACGGCAGCGGCGGGCUCAGCGGCGGGGCGAUCGCAGGUAUCGUGAUCGGGUCUCUUGCGGGGGCGUUUGUGCUGCUGCUGCUCUGCCUCUGCUUCUGCGUCGGAAGCAUCGCCAGUCGCAUCCGCGGCGUGUUCGGUGGUGGGCGUCCACAUCCACCGUCAACCGUCUACUCCUCGUCUUACAUGUAUUCGGCUUCUGAGAGCGGCGGCGGGCAUGGAGGCUGGCACGGGGGACAGCCACCGUCGGAGCACGGGAAGUCUGGAUGGGCUAAGUGGUUGAGCAUUGGAUUCCUCGCUGGAGCGAUUGCAUUGUGCUUGGGCUUAAGGAGACAGAGAGCGGAAAGGUCUGAGAAGAGUUAUUAUUCGUACUACACCGCGUCGUCGUCCGAGAGCAGCUCGAGUAGCCCUUCUAGCGGCCGUCCACCACGCAGCGGUCACCAUCCACCACGCAGCCAUCGAGGAUACCCGAGUGACCGUGGCUCCAGAAGCCAUGGAUCGCAUUGA